UUUACAUCAUGCAUACGUUUUUAUUCAUGUUACCAACUAAUUAAAAGGACAACAACCUGAAAGCUGACUGCGAUUCUCUUUUCUAUGCUUUGAGAUGCUCCUACUACGCCAUAUUCUUCAAUUUAAAGUACAUCUGGAACGACGUCGGUUAUUUGUAUUUCACCAAGUAACUUUUGUAGGUCAGUGAAAACUGGCUCACGUACAGCCGUAGCGCUGCGUGUCGCUGCUGAGCUCGUCUUCGGCUUCAGCUCCACUUAAAGGAGACGCAACAAAGAGCAACCGUAGUGGGCCCUGCUAACAGCGUGGCUUACUAUAGCUUUAAGAACUUAAAAUAGGGUCUGGGUCUUUAAAAUGAAUUUUGCACAGUUAUUAUAGAGAUGAUAUACUAAUUUUUCGAUUAAUCCGACUUACAAUUUUGCACAAAACUUGCAAAGAGGCGUAAGAGCGUCCAGUGAAAUAUGUUUGACAAUCGGAUCAGGGCCGUUAGCAAUCCAACAUUUUUCAUAUUUUAUGCCUCCUGUUUAUUUCAAGCUAUGUUUCAAUUUGUUGAGAAUUAUUGAGGAGUCCAGAAGUGAGAAAAACAACUUUAGUGGAGAUGGAGCCGCAACUCCCGAACAACAAAGAGGUGGAGGAGAGUGAGACGGCCAUGGAGAAAUCCGCGGGGCAGAGUACUGGAUCCAGCCCGUGCAGGGCGUCUGGAGGACGCGAGGAAGGGUGCUUAGCGACCGAAGGGACUUGCCCACCCGAAACAAACGGAGCUGCGACGAGCCAGGCGGGUUCCGGACGGGUUUUACGGGACAGGUCAACGCGAACGAUUCCCGUGUGGAGGCAGAGUGAUAUCGGGGAGGACCGGGAUGAAGUAUCACGCGAGGCAGCGGCAAAUCGCCGGCGAAAAGCGAAAUGCCCGCGGCGCAGGAAGAGCGCAGUUGCCGCUGCAGGUUCAUUUGAUGCGGCCAGAGAGAGCGGCGUCGAGUACGUCCUGCCGGAUGAGUUGGAAGGAAACAAGGAUGCGCUGGUUAAUCGAGCGGCCCGCGGCAAACGGGUGCAGGUGCGCUCAGGGGCCCGCACCUGCCGGGGCUCGCCUAGGACUGUGUUUAAAAUUGAGCCAGAAAUGGACAUUGAUUAUGUGGAGGCCAAUAAAGCAGUCGAAAAGACAGGAACAAGUGUGGAGAAAAAAGAAGAGGAUGAUGAAGAAGUUGUGGAAGAGGAAGAGUAUGCAUUUGUGGAUGAUCCUAAAGACCAAAACUACCUACCCAAUUCACAGAGCAGUGAUGAAGAGGAUGUUAUCAGUAGCGAUGAAGACGUCCCUUUUAGAGAUGACCUGAAUGACGAGAGCUAUGAUCCUAAGUAUGAGAGAGAUUUUCUUAAGGUACGGCGCAGACCCCCCACCAGACUGACGGAGAAGAAAGACAAGGCUACAGGGCAGGAGACCGCAACAGAGUUAGAGACAGAGAUCAAAACUGAGGGAGGGGAGAGCACAGAUGUGCAGACCAGUGCUGAAGUUGAGGAAGGUGCUGAGCCGCCUAGGAAAGGGCGGAGAAGGAAAGAUGAUAAAAGUCCCCGUCUUCCUAAGAGAAGGAAAAAGCCACCGGUCCAGUAUGUGCGUUGUGAAAUGGAAGGAUGUGGUACAGUUCUGGCCCACCCACGCUAUUUACAGCAUCACAUUAAAUAUCAACACCUGAUGAAGAAGAAAUACGUCUGCCCUCACCCUUCUUGCGGAAGACUCUUCCGGCUGCAGAAACAACUACUACGCCAUGCCAAGCACCACACAGAUCAGAGAGACUAUAUCUGUGAGUUCUGUGCUCGCGCCUUCAAGAGCUCUCACAACCUGGCUGUGCAUCGAAUGAUACACACUGGAGAAAAGCCACUACAGUGUGAAAUCUGUGGUUUCACUUGCCGUCAGAAGGCCUCCCUCAACUGGCACAUGAAGAAGCACGAUGCAGACGCCACGUACCAGUUCUCCUGUAGCAUCUGUGGCAAGAAGUUUGAAAAGAAGGACAGUGUGGUUGCUCACAAAGCCAAGAGCCACCCCGAGGUGCUCAUUGCCGAGGCCUUGGCCGCCAACGCCGGAGCCCUCAUCACCACUCCUGCCGGAGUCACCACGCUGCUGGAGACCUCCACGGGCUCCAUACAGACAGAGCAGGGGGUCCCUGAGGCCCAGGGGAGCUCUGCUGCGCCAGCCGGUCAGGUGGCCCCGGUGACGCACGUGGGUCCAGUGAUGGUUGUGGAUCAGGAUCACCCGCUGCACUCAAUGCAGGUACCGGUGACCCUGGCCAUGUCAUCGACAGAGGCGAACAGCGCUCCUUCACAGCAGACCUCCACACAGGCUCUGCAGAUGCCUCUACAGUUCAUCUCUACGCCCGUCUCGCAGCAGCUCCCCCUUCACUCCUCUGCUACCAGCGUCUCCCAGCAGGCUGCUUUGGUCCAGCAGUUGCCCGUGCAGUCCUACAGCCCCCAGUCUCAGAUGUCCUUCAGAGGGCUUCCUCAGCAGCAGCUCCCAAUGGUAUCUGUUGCACAGCAGAUGCCUCUUCAGACCACCCAGCAACAUCAAAACCAGACCCUCCCUAGUCUCCCAAGCCACAACCCGGUUCCCAAUACUCCCCUCCUCUCCCAAAGCCUGCCCGAGGCACCCUCUGACUGCCGGAGCGGUUUGGGAUUUGGGAGUAAUCCUGUCUCCUCUUCAUCUACGUCUCCCCAGUCUUCCAAUACCCCUUCGGAGACGAGACAGGUGGUCUGGGAGGGAGAUGGGACUAAUGAGAAUGGAAAUGGGGGUGGGGUUUGGGAGGCGGGUGGGCAGGGGGAGGAGCAAAACAUGAUGGACAGUUCCGACGGCCAGAUGCAGCGUGUUCUGAUGUAGUGAAGGAAGUUGGAGUAAUGUGGAGGAGAGUGAGAUGACUGUUAUUUGUCACCCUCCUACUUGGCCUGAAGUUAAAUAUAUAGAGUCAUAAAUAUAUUGUAUGUAAUCGCAUUAACUUUUGGUAGCUUUGUAGAGAUGUCUGUACCAGGGAGACUGUGUUUGAGUUGUUGUCAUUGUUCAUUUUGUAUAUAAACAGUUAUAGUUCCCUCCAACAACCACAUCUGUUUUGUGUGUAUGCGUGUUGUUUUGUGGCUGUAGAGGCUUUCGCAGUACUCAAUUCAUGGUAGUCUGUGUGAGUAAAGCCAUUGUGUAAGCAAAGUUGUGCCAUCAUGUGGCUUGAAUUGGUACUGUAGAAACUAGGGAUGCUUCCAUAUUACAGACUAGAUGAUAAUUGUUGCCAUUUUAUGGUCCAUCCAUGUUAAAAUUCAAUUUUAUUUUGUCCAAAGUUAAAAAUUAAAUCCUUGAAACAAAGAAUUUGUUUCACUAG